AUGAAGUGUCCAUACGAUCAUAGGCACGGAAAUCAAAUAAACAUGCUUGAAAAAAUUAAAAAAAUUUUGCUAAUUAAUAAUGUUUUAAGAAAUAUUGUAAGAUCCAAUCAAAAUACUAAAUUAAAUACCGAGGAAAAGUUAUCAAAUGAUCCUUCUUUAUUUGAUUUUUUGGCUAAAACUAAGUCACCUAUUAAAUUUGAAAAGAUUCCAUACAUAAAUUAUGACAUAUUGAAAGGGCAGAAGUUAAAAGUAUAUUUUGAGAUUCAUGGUUGCCAAAUGAACUUUAAUGAUGCCGAAAUUGCUUGGAGUAUUUUGAAAAAUAAUAAUUAUAUUAAGAUUGAUAAAUUACUAGAAGCUGAUAUUAUUCUUAUUGUUACUUGUGCCAUCCGUGAAAGUGCAGAACUCAAGAUAUGGAAUAAAUUACACAGCCUAAAAUAUUUGAAAAUUCAACGUGAAAAACAAAAUCUUUAUCCACCAAUUAAAAUAGGGAUAUUAGGUUGUAUGGCAGCAAGAUUGAAAGAAAAAAUAUUUGAAUAUGACAAUAUGAUAGAUUUUAUAGCAGGACCUGAUGCCUAUAGAGAUCUACCUAUUUUGUUGGCUUCUGCAUAUCUUAAAUCCUUGGAUAAAAAUGAGUCAAUUAAUGAUAAUUAUCAGCCACAAAAUUUAGCUAAUGUGUUAUUAUCAUUAGAUGAAACAUAUGCUGAUAUUAUCCCUGAGAGAUUUAAUUCUCUAUCCCCAAGUGCAUUUGUGUCUAUCAUGAGAGGAUGUAAUAAUAUGUGUUCAUUUUGUAUAGUGCCAUUUACACGAGGGAGAGAGAAAAAUAGAUCAAUCCAAUCAAUAACCAAUGAGAUUUUGUGCAUGACAGAGCAGGGAGUUAAAGAAAUAAUACUACUAGGGCAAAAUGUCAAUAGCUAUUUCGAUCCAGUGUCUUACCAUGAACAGUCUCAUAAUAUUGAAAAAGGCGAAAUGAGUCCCAACCAAACUACUAAACUUUACUCUAACACUACUCCCUACAUGAGCAAAGGUUUCACCCUCAAUUAUAAGAAAAAAACUGACUAUUCAAUCACCGGGGACUCAUCGUAUCAAAACUUCCAUUAUCAAAAUGAAGCAACGCUUAAUUGCAUUCGUGUUACGAAUAGUGCUGAUAAAAUUUCAAGGUUUCCCCAUUUAAUUGCAGCAGUCGCGGAAAAAUUUCCGGAAGUUAGAAUUCGUUUUACGUCACCACACCCUAAAGAUUUUCCCGACGAACUGUUGCACAUCAUCAAUCACUAUCCAAAUAUUUGUAAACAAAUCCAUCUGCCCCUUCAAAGUGGGAGUACCCGUGUUUUGCAACUUAUGAAACGUGGUUAUACCAAAGAAGCAUAUCUGGAACUGGUACAAAACAUCAGAUCUAUCAUCAAAGACGUCUCAUUGACUACCGAUGUAAUAGCUGGGUUUUGCGGGGAAAGCGAAUCCGAUCACUUAGAUACUUUGGAUGUCCUUUCUCAAGUCCGAUUCGAUUACGUAUAUAAUUUUGCCUACAGCAUGAGAGAAAAAACCAGGGCACAUAGGACCAUGAUAGACGAUGUGCCCGCCGAAGUCAAGAAUGAACGUUUAGAAGAGAUUAUAGCUCUGAGUCGAACUAUCAGUUUGCAAAAUUUCCAAAACAAAUUUGUAAACUCCCCUCAAGAUACUCAAUUAGUGCUUGUUGAAAAGGCAAGCAAACGAUCCGACAACCAUUUAUGCGGCAGAUGUGACUCCGGGAUCAACGUGAUUUUCCCUAAAAUUAAAGUCGCCUCCGAAUUUGAAGAUCAUUUUGAUGCUUCGCAGAGAGAUAGGCCAACCUUAAGUGGAGAUGGGGGUGAAAUAAAUGGAAAUGCCUUCAAAUAUCCAGAGAUAGGAAAAUACGUUGCUGUUAAGAUUACCGGAUGUACCUCGCAAACCCUUAAGGGCUUUCCUUUGUUCAAUACAACCUUAAAAGAUUUUGAAGCAGUUAAGAAAAAUACGAGCUCCCGAAUAACUUGAUAAUAAAAAAUCAUUCUUUUAAUGGCUUGAAAAAUUCUUUGCCUUGUGUAUUAUUUUAAUUUAAUGAAGGCUAAUUUUUAUCAAAUCCCUCAUCAUGUUUAAAUAUGUUGCGCCUUUUUUUUCUCACCCAAUUACAAAUGUAUUUAAAAGAUAAAUAGUGAUAAAUAUAUUUAGAGUAUUAUUGUAUUUUUUACCGCAAUAGCAAGAUGGGCUUUUAUGCCCUAAUUUAAACAACGAUU